UCGCAGAACACGUCCAGUACCGCGCUAAAUCGCUUGAUCAGAACGUUUCUAAAGAGUGCGACCAAACGCCUGUUCAUCAUGGGAUCUUCCACGAUUAGUCUGUUAACCGUUGUAAUGGUUUUGUGCAUCUCAAUGUGGACCACCGUUGUUUCGUCACCUGUCGCGAUCAGUGAUGUGCAGCAAUCGACUGUAGACGUAGCUCGCCAUCUGCAGCGACGAUCAAUUGUGUUCCGGCCCCUGUUCGUGUAUCGUGAACAGGAAAUAAAGAAAAAGCGCAUACAGGAAGCUAGAGAACAGAAGCAGAUUAAUCAGCAGGAAUAUGAGCGGCAGAUGCAGGAUUACGACAGGCAGAUGCAAGAGUAUGACAGGCAGAUGCAGGAGUAUGAGAAACAGAUGCAAGAGUAUAAGAGGAAACAUGGCAACCGCAAUAAGUAGUUUCGAACAAAAGUAUAUUGUUAAUGCACCAAAUAAAAAUGGUGGCUCUAAAAUGUAUAA